GUGUUCCGCUCACCUAGAAAUCCUGCUCCACAAGGUCGCAGAAGGACUGUCCGUCUGGGCAACAAAACUCUCGACAUCCUUCAGCUCAACCUGAAGGACUCCAUCAAACGACUUUAUGAACUCAAACAGUCUCUUUCUGAGGAGCUGUCUGAACCCCAACCACACAUCAUCGCCGCCCAGGACAUCCCAAAAGGCUUCCCAUUUGUGCCGAUGCCUGGCAACAUUGCCUCCCUGGUCAAGAGUUGUCAAGUUAUCGAUGACCUCGCUGCGUUUACCAGUGACCAUCGUCCGGUGCUCACGAGGCUGAAGAUGGGACCGAAUAGGGAGGUCAAGGCUCGGUAUUCCUGGAACGAGGUCAAGGGAAAGACCUUUGUGUCCACACUUAAGCAGACAACGUCGGCCAUUGGAUUCGAUCGCCUCGGUUCGACCUCUGAGGCCGACGGCUAUCUUGGGCGAAUGACGGGCGCGCUGGCGGCUGCUAUGGCGCAAGACGUCCCCAUUCGACAACAGGCAGUACGCAGAUCGAAGCCAGCCCGUGCCAGCAAUGACAAGUUUGCCAUCACGAGGGAGAGUGUGCUCGAAAAGCUGAAGGCGGGCCCCAAUCCGAGGUUUAGAAAAUUCUUUAAAUGGCGAUCACAGAAGAAAGACCGUCGACAACGAAGAACUGAAUGGCGGCGGUUCAUCGCCACAGAAGCAGAGCGCGUCGAGAGAGGCAGGCAAAAGAUCUUUCAGUGGUCUAAGCUCUCCAAGGCGUGGGCACAGCCCAAAGCUAUGCCGCAUAUGCCCACGCUUUGUUCGGAUCAAGGGGUGCGGCACACAACCAACGAGGCAAAGGCACUUCACUUCAUGCAAACAAUGUGGCCCCACACCAGCAAAGGCGGAGAGGCGCCCCCGGAGCUUAGGAUGCCUCAACUGCCACCCGAUAACCCUUCGAAACUUGCGAUAUCAAACGAGUUGCGCCCGGGUGAAGUCACAGAUCUGAUCAAACAACUGCCCAAUCGGAAGGCCGAGGGCCCCGACCAGAUGGCCAAUGAAGCGUUCAAGCUCGCGCUGCCAGUUAUCCUGCCAUACUUGAUUCACUUUUUCCAAGGCUGCCUUAAUUUGGACUAUCACCCCAAAGCAUUUCGCCACGCGCUCACCGUGGUGUUGCCCAAGGCUGGCAAAGACACCUACCAAAAGGCGAAGAGUUGGCGUCCAGUGGCCCUUCUAUCCUGUCUUGGCAAAAUGCUGGAGAAACUCGUUGCCAAUAGAAUCAAGGAGCUGCUCAUGAGCAACCCCCGCCUGUGCCCUCUGCUUCAAUUCGGGAGCCCGGGGAAGAGCACGACUCAUGCGCUGGAGUACAUCACCAACUGGGUGUAUCGGAGUUGGCAAAGGCCCGCUGGGGGAAACGCUGAUCAUACAAGUCUCAUGGCGCUGGACAUAUCCGGGGCAUAUGACCAUGUGCGCCGAGAAGAGCUCCUCCAGCGGCUGGUGGACAAGGGCUUCCCCGACUGGCUUGUCAGGUUCGUCUGGUGUUUUCUCUCCGAACGAAGUACGGAGUUGCUCAUGCCAGGUUACCGCUCGGAAAAGUACUGGGUCAACAUUGGCAUCCCCCAGGGGAGCCCCCUGUCCCCGAUCCUCUUCAUCCUGUUCGCAGCCCCUAUUCUGGAAACCUUCGACAACUACAAGCUCAAGACCGGACAGGGAAAGAAAGUGAGAAGGAGGAGGGGCAAUCGAGAGGCGAAGUGCAUCUUCUCCGUAAUGUCCUACGUCGACGAUACCAAUUUCCUCGUCUCCUCACCCUCUUUCGAACUAAACUGCGCCAUCCUGACGGAGCUCCAUGAACGCCUCAUGGAGUGGGCUACCCCUCGUGGCGUGAAAUUUGGCCCCGACAAGUACGCGUUAAUGCACUUCCAGCGGCGCAAGCCGAGGAAACCGGAGACGCAACCCGUGCCCAAGAUCUCAGGCUUGAAGAGUGAUGUCGUCAAGGAAGAAUUAAGAAUCCUUGGCGUCAAGUAUGACCGACACAUGAAGUGGGAUAAACACAUCAAUGAACUGAAGGCGGAGGUCUCCAAGAUCUUAGGCUACCAUACCAGAAUCUCCGGCUCGAUGUGGGGGCCAACGUUGAUCCGCAUGCGGCAGCUCCACGUCUCCAAAAUCCGGUCGAUCGUUGGCUACGCUUCGCCGGCCUGGUUCAUACCACGGCACAACAGGCAUGACCUCGGCCUGCCCCAGACGUGGUUAAACAAACUUGAGGUGAUGCAGAACGACUCGCUUGUCAAAGUGGCAGGCGCUUAUAAAAUGACGGACCGGAUGGUCCUGCGCAAAGAGCUUCAUGUCGAAAGCAUGGAGCAUUAUUUGGGCCGAAUCGCGCUCACAUAUAGGAUGAAGAACGUUGGAUCAGCGUACUUAGCCGCGCUGGAGCAAGCCCAACAGGGGAACCUUAACCCCAUGGGCAAAGAUCAACGUAAACUUCAAAACCCAUUCACCUUGCUUUACAGCGAAGCCAAGCGCGAGCUGUUGACGGUCAAGGCACAGUUCACCAAACAAAACAAGGAUAACAAGGAUGGUGAAGAAGUGUUGGGCCAAACCAAACAUUCCGGUAGCAUCCCGGCGGUGGUGAAGUUGAUAAAAGCACACACCACGGCCCGAUGCGCGGACAAGUGCGCUGAGGAAUGGGAUACUUAUGUGAAGAAGAAGUCGAACAACCGGGAUAAAGUUCCCGCGGCCUACCUAGAAAGUUGGGGCCCUCAAAGCCUCUCCUAUUACCGACAUCUCAGCCGAGCUGAGUCGACGAUGUUGGUGCAAUGCCGGACAGAAACCAUCGGCCUGAACCGUUGGCUAAACAAGAUGAAUUCGAGGACGAAAACGUACUCUGAUUCCGAUCUCUGUCCGUGCAGGAAUGGCCCGCAUACAAUUGAACAUUUGUUCAUGCGUUGCCCUCGAUUGACCGAAAAGCGGCUGGCGUCGCGAUGGGCCAUCCUCAACUUCGGCCUGGAUCAGUUUGCCUGGCCGAGGGAGGAGUUGAUGGUCUCCUAA